AUGUCACGAGAUAAAACAACACUAGAUUUGAAAGACAAGUUGGCUAAUCUCAAUAGUCAAAUAAGUUUACUUAAGGACAAUUUGGUCACAUAUGACAAAGAUAUUUCGAAGAAAGAUGAUUUAAAAUGCCGAUUGCAUAAUUUACAACAGUGGAUAGAAGAUGUUGAUUAUAAAGUGAAACAAUCGAACAAUGAUGUGUUCAAUAUUAUCAACAAACAAAAACAAAAGAUAAAAGAAGCUGAAGUUCAAGAAUGCAUGUUGCGAUCAGAAAAUACUAGACUUCAAACCGCCAAUGACUGUAUAGCUGAGAAGCUAAACACACUAAACCGGAAAGAACAAGCACUAACCGCCGAAAUUGAGAAAUUGGAAUUAUGUAAAGUGAAUAUUCAAAAUGAAUUUUGCAGUACUAAAACUCGUGUGGAGGAAAUGAAGUGUCACAUCAACAGCCUGAAGAAAACGCUCAAGACGAAAAAAGAAGAAUCCGAAAAUCUCCAGAAAUCGUUGACAGCAAGUGAGGCCGAGUGCAAACGCCUGUGUGCGGCAUGCAGUGCUGCCAAAUGUGCACUGGAACGGUCGGCKGCCGAUGUUGCAGGCGUCAAGUGUCGGCUGAAGAAAACUGUAGAGUGUCUGAAGCGGGAGCAGGCUGAGCUAGCGGAAAAACUGGAGGACAAGGCACGAGAUCUAGGAGCCAUCAAAGCCGAGCUGGAUACGUCCAUCCGGACAGUAGCCGAGCUGAGGGAAAACGUGAAUAAGCAGGAGGCAGCGAUAGCUGAGUUGCGGGAGACGAUGGUCCUCGAGAAGUACGAAGCGGAGGCAGCCGCGAGUGCCAUAAAGGAAGAGAACUGUGCGGAGUCCGAAAAGCUGAGCCGGGCCAAAGACGAGAUGGCUGAAGUACGCCGCAACAACGGUUUGGUGGUCACUAAAAUCGAAUCGCUCAAGUGUCAGUUGCGGGCCAAAGAGUGCCAAKURGAGGAACUUCACCAGAUAGCAGAAUCGCUCAAUCGGGCCAAGGAUGAAAAGUGCGAACGAUUGGAGCGGGAACGAAGCACGCUAAUCGACGACCUGCGGUGCAAAAAGAAGAAGAUCGCGGACCUGGAGCGACAGCUAUGCCGCAUGCGUGAAGAGGCCCGUCAGCGUGGUGGUGUGAUCAGUGGUUGUGAUGGUGGUGUGAGCAGUGGUUGUGAUGGUGGUAGACCGAGCACCGCCAACUGCUGUCCUUCUGAAGACGCAGUAAACCGGCAGGACAUACAGAGCAGCAACUCCAACGAAUCGUCCUUCAUCGACGUGCUAAAGAGACUUUACAGUGACCUGAAUUGUAUCAAACUCAAAUCCUGCAAAAUAGAGUCGACCAAUCCUGUGUACACUUGA